AAGAGGAAGUUGCGAAGCAGCAGACCGUGUUACUAGCAGCAGGCUAGCUGUCCUCCUGAGCCGCCCUGAACACUGAAAAGGGGAAUAACAAGAGCGAGCGCGGAGAGUUCCGUUUCGGCGUUAGCUAAAAGUCUCCGGAUUCAGAAUCUAGGCGUGCAUGUCAGCCCGCUUCAGAAGGUGUUGUUGGUAUAGAGAGGUUGUCGUGACUAAAGAGCCGCAGAAACAUGUCUCCUUCUGACAGCUAACGUUAGCCGCUCUGCCUUCCUCCUUCUAGAAAAGCUAACGAGCUGCUGCUGCUGCUGCUGCUGCUAACUAACAAACCCUGCUGCUGCUGCUGUUAGCGGCUCCUUUAGCCUCGACAUGCAGCUCAUAUAAAAGCUCAUUAACGGGCACACUCCUCCGCUGGAGACGGUGCAAAAACGGGGUUUAUUCUCUUAUAUUUAACCCAACUGUUAAAAUAAACAUGCGACAACAGUUAAGGCUACCAACUGGAGAUAACUGAUUUAAUAUUGAGGUUUGACCCUCGACGGUUCGAGUCUGCUGAGAUAAACUCGGUGAUAAUAGAGGGUUAGUCACUGAGACCUGACCCGGUUCUGGUUAGCUGGACUCAGAGUUCGGACCUGCAGACCAGGAUGAACCCUCCACAGUCUGCUAACUGAGAAGAAGCUAAUGUUGGUUUUUGACUCUGAACGAGACGAAGAAAACUGAGGAAAACAUCAACAUGGUGAGUCUAAAACAUCCUCUACCUGAGGAGGUGUUCCUGUCCUAUCUCUGGGUGGGUUCGUGUUUGACUACAGGAUAAAUCUGAAUUAUAACAGUUUAAUGUUCUUUAUUUCUCUGUGCUCGGUCCUGAGUAUAACGGUUCUGUAUGUAGACCGGUUUGUGUCGGAUGUGACAGUCUUCUCCUCCGUGUUUGACGCCCAUCUUUGCUCACCGAAUAUUUCCUCCUUCAGCCUCGGCAAGUUGUGGCUUAUUUGAGGAAUUCAGGCCCGCCUGCCACAGGAACUGCUCUUUAAAAUCUCCAUUUGCCAUCUUGUCUGAACUCGGCAGGGCCCUGACUUCCUCUACCUGUCGGCCUGUGGUAUUACAGUUACGACAUGAUGUCAGAAAAGGAGUAAUUUAAUUAUCUUUAAGUGUUGAAUCAGGAUCUACUGCUGGUCAUGUGUGAAGGUGAACAACAGACCUCCAUGAUAUCAUGACCAACAGUCAGUCAGUGCAGGUGUGGACAUGAGAAAAUGAGCCCUGACAGAACCUCAACUGCAAACACCUGAGGGGUUGACAGGAAUGUUAAAGGGAUAUUCUGACAUAAAAUUAAUUUAGGGUCAAACCCACCGUAACACCGAGUUAGACCCCCCCUCCAGAGAUGAAUGUUGACGACCGCUUCCUUCUCUAGUUAUACCAACUUUAGUAACAAUCGCAGGAUAGAAAUACAGAGAGCCACGCCCCCAACCAAAACGCCACUCCAUAACCACAAAUAAUGCUCAGAACAGCACCUAACUUCAUCAACAGGACAUAUAGGGUCUAUAGCGACUAUCCUGCCCUCCUGUAAUCACUCGUCCAUGGGAGUAGGAGACUGUUUUUGACGCGCUCUUACAAACAACUGUCCACAUGAUGAUCCGUGUUCGUGUUCCCACCUAAUGAUCGUCAAUUCACACCAAAAUAAAAAGAUUAAACUGAUGCAAAAGAACUGAUAAUGUAACGAGGUGAUGCUGCUGGAAAACAAAAAAGGUGAGGUGAGUGAGCUGUAAAACCGCAUGACCUUCCACCCCGUGUGUCACCUGGUUACCUGCCCCCUGUGCCUAUAUAGCAAACGCUGCACUGCCACCAGUGGAGAGCUGAUGUAACUCAUGACGGACAGACAAACAGAUGUGGCUCAUAUAGGGUCCCAGCCAUAGUACUAGACACCAAACAUCUUUUUAACUUUGACUCAUUUCUUUAGCAAAGAGACUAAACACAACUCACCUACUCUCUUCCAGCAGACGCUUGUUUGUAGUGAGACCUCAGGCCAGUCCAUUAUGGACGACAGCGGGGUGCCGUAGCUCAAGGAAGAACAUUUAUGAUCAUUACUUUAUCAGUCAAUCAAUCUGGUGCCAUUUUUACACUGUUGGUGGUCAAGAGUAAAAAAUCUGAUGACUAAAACCUUUUGUCCAGUAAAAUGCAAAAAGAUAACAGUAAUCGUUUGAUCAAGGCACAAAGUAAUGAAAGCGAUCAGAACCUUUUAGAACCGGAUAAAAGCCGCAGCUUGCGGGAACUUGCACCCUUGCUCUCUGCUACAGAUAAAACAAAAUAAAAAAAACAAAUCCAUGGUAAAAGUUCAACUUAAAAGUCAGCAAACUCUUAAAAUUCAGACUUAAAAGUUGUUUAAAAGCGGUUAAAAUGGGUUAAAAAGUUGCUCACAACAGAGAGAAAUGGCGCAUUCACACUUUAACGGGGACUACAGUGGGGUGCCGCAGCUCAAGGAAGAACAUUUAUGAUCAUUUCUUCAUCAUUUCCUUGAAGUAAUAAUCACCAUAUUAAUCAUUUUACAGACGCGGUAGUUCUUCUGUCUUAGCGUCUCGGUCUGAUUGUAUUUCCAUGAAGAAAUUAUUGGCUAUAGAGUGGCGUUUUGGUUGGGGGCGUGGCUCUCUGUAUUACUAUCCUGCGGUUGUUACUAAAGUUGGUAUAACUAGAGAAGCAAGCGGUCGACAACAUUCAUCUCUUGAGGGGGGGGUCUAACUCGGUGUAACGGUGUGUUUGACCCUCACUUAGUUUUACGCCGGAAUAUCCCUUUAAAAUCCUCUCGUUACUCAGAUGUGGGAGAAGAUUCAGGAUCUUUCUGCAGAUUGAGGAUCCUUAAAACAGGCGGAUCAUUGGUCUGCUGUGUGUGCAAACAUGACAUUUUUACCAACGUGGUUAUUCAGUCGUUUGGAUCUGGUCGUCAUGGUUGCAUAAAUAAUCACUCUCUCAAAGGUUUGACUUUGUGCACUGUUCAAACCGUCACUCUGUCCUUAACCUCGCCAUGUGUCGUCCUCAAGGCUUCAGAGGAGGCAUCACUGCGGGCGCUGGAGAGCCUGAUGACGGAGUUCUUUCACAGCUGCACCACCAAUGAGCGAAAAAGAGAAAUUGGUGAGUUUUCCGAACAUUAAAAGGCUUUACCUCGUCUAUUUUAUCAAACUCUGUGAGCCGUUCACUGACACUUUAAAGUGUUGCUUUAUCCGUCGCUGCAGAGUUUCAUUUUGACCUUUUCUUUUUCUCGUUGGAGGUUUUCUUUUUUUUCUUUUGCUGCCUUUUUGGUUCAUUUCCUGUGUUGUGACGCAUUUCUCUCUCAGUCUAUCUGAAGUGUGGUCCUACAUUGACAUGUAUAUCUGCCUACUUCCUUUUCUCUGCAGAGGAGCUGUUGAAUAACUUUGCUCAGCAAACUGGAGCAUGGCGCCAUUGCCUCUUCUUCCUCUCCAAUACUCGAAAUGAGUAUGUGAUGAUGUACAGCCUCACAGUAUUUGAAGUAAGUCAUGGUUUGACUUCAGUGCAGGUCUUUUUGUUUUACCUGUCAGUCUGUGAAAACAAAGACAGACCUGAUAGUAGGUCCUAAGAUAAUAAAAACGUGUUUCUCAUUUAUUCAUUUACAUCGUUUUGAAUGACCUCCACUGAACAGACAGUUGAACGUCUUGAACCAAAAUAAACUCGUUGUUUUACUGUAAAUGUCAAGUAGAAAUGUGUGUUUUUAAAUCAUUUAGUUAUAAUUGAUCUUUGAAAAUACUCGUCCGUAUAUAUUUACAGUUUCCUUCAGACGAAUCAACGGCUGAAUUUUCUCUUUUCAGAAUUUGGUGAAUAAAAUGUGGAUCGGUGUCGCUUCACAAGACAAGAUGGAGAUCCGCAGCUGUCUGCCUAAACUGCUGCUCGCUCAGCACAAAACCGUGCCCUACUUCAUCCGAAACAAACUCUGUAAAGUCAUCGUGGACAUCGGGCGUCAGGAUUGGCCAAUGUUCUACCACGAUUUCUUCACCAACACUCUCCAGGUCAGCCGUGCUAACGCCGUUCUCGCUGUAAUAUUUAGGGUUAAUCAUCGUUUGCUCGGAGGGUGUGUCUAGAAAUAGUCACAGAAGGUUUGAAUAAACUUUGACCCCAAAUCUUUAAAGUGCAACCAAUGAGAUAACGAUCUCAUGUGAGGCAGACAGGUACAAACCAUGACAGAAGGAGAGGAAUGAAAGAGACCCCUGUGUGUUUUAGAGACGGCUUUAAGUCACGUCACGGUCUGCAGGACACGUCUGUGGUCAACAGACUGUGGGUGAAAGUGAGUGAAAAUGCUCCGAGCUCAGAGUCAGCUGAGAAAAGUCUGAGGUUGUUUUAUGAAUUAUUACAUUUUGUUUUAAAGACAUUUUGGCAUUUUAGAAACUGGUGUCUGAAGAAGAGGAGCAGAGAUGUGAAGGACUGAAUCUUGACAGAUCAGGGUGGAUUUGGACUCAUUUCAUCUGUAUUUGGACUUUUCAGUCAAAGUUAUUAUUUAAUAUCACGUCUGUAUAACAAAGUUUAUGAUGACGGUCCAGUUAUUGGAGAGAUGGUCCGUGUCCAUGAACCCCUCAGAGACCUUAACUUUCAGCAGAGGGUGUCUCACAUCAGCUUUUGGUCUUCUAUGUUGUAAAAUUAUCUGUUAUUAUUAUUAUUAUUAUUAUUAUUAUUAUUAUUAUUAUUAUUAUUAUUAUUAUUAUUAUGAUCAUAAUAAUUAUAAUAAUAAUAAUAAUAACUAUUAACACUAUUAUAAUGAUAAUAGUAAUAACGAUUAUUAUAAUAAUAAUAAUUAUUAUUAUUAUAAUGAUAAUAUAAUUAUAAUUAUAAUUAUUAUUUUAAUGAUAAUAUAAUAAUAAUAAUAAUAAUAAUAAUAAUAAUAAUCAUUAUGAUCAUUAUUAUUAUUCAUUAUCAUUAUUGUUAUUAUUAGUGUUUAUUUUAUGAAGAAUAAUUAUUCUUAUUAAUAACUAUUAUUCAUUAAUAUGCAUUAUUUAUAAUUAUCAUUAUUACAAUGAUAAUAAUAAGUAUUAUUUAUUAUUAUUAAUAUUAAUAAUGACAAUAAUAAUCAUAAUAAUAAUAAUAUUAUUACUACUGCUACUAUUGUCAGUCGUAGUAGUAGUUGUGAUGUAGUAAUAAUAAUAAUAAAUUAAUUAAUCAAUACCGUUGUCUGUGGACUUGUUUGUGACCCUCAGCUGAUCCAGUCUCAAGCUCUGGCUCCUCUCGGGUUGGUGAUGCUGAAAACCACAUCAGAGGAACUGGCGUGUCCCCGAGAAGACCUGUGUGUGGCGAGAAAAGAGGAGCUGCGUAAACUGCUGAUGGAGCAGGUCCCCACCAUACUGGGACUGUUGACAGGUGAGACAUCCUUUCAGAUCAUCACCUGUGAGUUUUUAAAAGUGGUAGAGGUUCGAUUUGAGAUGCUCUUAUCUAGUAAUUACGGUAUCAUGCUGUGAGUAAAUAAUGAUUUUAAAGAUGAGGUUAGAGUCAGAGCCGUCAUCAUGGAUGUUCUCAGCAGGACUCUGUCGUUGUCUCACAGGUAUACUGGAGACCUACUGGGACAAGCACAGCGUCAUAGCCUCCACCCCCCCGCCCUCACCCACUUCAGGAGAAAGUAGUGAGUGAAUAUUUGAGUGAAACUGUGAAGAUCAGUGAAGUAGAUGUGAUCAGAGCGAAGCGUUGACCUCUAUGUUGUUGUUUUUGUGUCCACAGUGGAACUGCUGGGUAAUUUGUUUCAGGGCAGUCAGUACUCUAAGCUGCUCUGCCAGCCCAUGGCCGCUCUGGACACUGAGAGUCAGCAGCUCUGUUGUCUGGUUCUGGAGUGUUUGGCUCACCUGUUCAGCUGGAUCCCUCUGUCCACCAGCAUCACACCCACACUGCUGGCAUCCAUUUUCCACUUUGCACGUUUUGGUUGUGAUCUCCGGACGAAGGCAAAGACCGGAUCCUUCAUCUCCUCCAACUCCUCCUCCUCUAACGGGCAACUUAACCCCGGGACAGGUCAGCCCACAUCCAACGGCGGAGGGCGGACGGGUCAGCAGAGUGAGAGCAGUAAAGUGGACCGCGCCCGCCUCGGGGUUCUGGCUAUGACCUGCAUUAAUGAGCUGGUGUCUAAAAACUGUGUGCCCAUGGAUUUUGAGGAGUACCUGCUGCGGAUGUUCCAGCAGACCUUCUUCCUCCUGCAGAGGCUGACCCGAGAAAAUAACGCUCAUACAGUCAAGAGCCGCUUACAGGAACUAGACGAGAGGUACGGCUCAGUGCGCCCGCCUUCAUUUUCACUGAGGGGUAGGGCUGUCCCGACACUAUUUUUUCACUUCUGAUAUUGCAGCCUUAAAUAUCGGCCGAUACCAAUAUCAAUCCGAUAUCAGUACGCCACGAGUGAUAGAUACUUUCAUGACUUAUUUUGUAGUGUGGAAUUUUAGAGAAGGCUGCAUCAAGUGAUACGACUCAAACAGAGAACAAUAAUCAGCGACAGUAGUUUGGGAAAACGGACUCAUUUAUUAUUAACAAAACAAAUAGAAGAAUAAAUAAAAAUAAAUUGUGAGGUCUUGAAUAAUAGAUAAUAGAACGUAAACAAAAUAAAAAUAUCACUCUGAUAACAGGAGCAGAAAAGUAUCAGUCAGUCAACUAAACUCUUGACUACCUUUACUACUCCUCCAUCUCCACUUUCUGCAGUCCAAGCGUGAUGGGGCUUGGGCUCCAUAUGUCGGUGGUAAAGCUAACAGCAUUUGCUUUCUCCUCACUCCUCACAAUACACUUUUUAACUUCUUUCUGCAUCUGAGGUAAAGUUUUGUUGACAAUGUAGUGACGGUGAGGGAUAAGACAACGUGGCUCGAGGUGCCCAAUCAAGCGUUGAAACCCGACUUUACUCAAGUACAAUAAAUUGAGCGAUCUUUUCUGUUAUCCACCUUAUUCCGACUUUGUUGACAAAUGACGGCACUAAUAACGAGUGUAUCUGUGGGGAUAGGACAUCAGCAGGUAUCACCACCCCAUUCAACUUCCAUGAACCCCACUACUUCCCACCUAAAACCACAUCACUUAUGCACUUCUCGUAGAACAUACGCUGUUGUUGUUGUUGUGAUUACCUGAGUUACCUGGCAGCACCAGCGUUGUUUUAUUAUCGCCACCUACAGUGUUGGAGUCUGAACCACCGUCACCUCAUAUAGUGCAGACGCGCUGGAGCAGAAUGAGCUGCUUUUAUCGGAGCGUUUAUAUCGGACAUUUUAGAUGCAGUCCGAUAUAAUCUGAUUUUCUUUUUUUGCUAAUAUCGGACAGAUAUCUGGUAUCAAUAUCGGAUCAGGACAGCCCAACUGAGGGGGGUUGGAGGUUCGACCCCGCCUCGUUUAUGUCAGCUGUCGUCCUUUAGUUAACUCCUCUUCCUCUCAGGCUGGAGCUGCUCCAGGGUUUUGUUUAUGAGGCCGUCUCAGUCAAACGUUGUUUUUGUUUCUGCUGCUCUGUAAACCUCAGCUGGGUCACAUGAUUUCCAUGAACUCCUCUCUCUGAAUCUCUGCAGAUAAACCUCACUAAGAUUUUACACUCUCUGAGAACACACUCUUGUUUUAUCCUUUAUGUCAAAUUAAGAUUUCUGAGGUUUCAUGUGUUUUUUUAUUUUCCAACUCGGCUUCUUCUCAGACUUAAAAAAAGGUGAAAUUUAGAGACUCGGAUGUUUGUUUUUGUGGAAGGAUCCUUCGGUACAUGAACCUGCUCUCCUCCUCCUCUGUGACGUCUACAUCAUUUUUAUCUGAGUUUGAUAUUUUCACGUCUUCAGUUUUUUACUUAUUUCCACGGUCUCUCCAGGUUCUCAGAGACACGUUUAAAUGCGUAUUAAUCUUCUUCUGAUCUUCUCCUCUUGCAGUUACUUGGAAAAGUUCACAGAUUUCCUGCGCCUCUUCGUCAGUGUCCACCUGAGGAGGAUAGAGUCCAGUCCUCAGUUUCCCAUCGUAGAGUUUCUCGCUCUGCUUUUCAAAUACACCUUUAAUCAGGUAAUAACCACAUAAAUAUAAAUAUAUAUAUAUAUAUACAUAUAUAUAUAUAUUUAUAUAUAUAUAUAUAUAUAUAUAUAUAUAUAAAUAUGUUUGUCUGGUCUGUGCAGGAAAGGAGCAGACCAUCCGUUCUUCAUGUUUCCAGAUAAAUUAAGAUCUGUUCUGAUAUUUUGAUCUUGUGUUUUUCAGCCGACCCAUGAAGGCUACUUUGCCUGCUUAGAUAUUUGGAGUGUUUUCUUGGACUUUUUAACGACCAAAAUUAAAAGCAGACUCGCUGACCGAGAAAGUGUUUUAAACAGGUGAGAGUUGAGAAAAUCAAUCCCCAACAGAAAACCUCAUCCAUGAUUGUCCAUGAGCUCAUUAUCAUAUGUGUGUGUGUGUGUGUGUGUGUUUUUGACAGGUACAAAGAUGCCUUAGUCCUCCUCCUCAGAGAAGUCCUGAAUCGUAUUCAGUUCCGAUAUAAUCAGGCUCAGCUGGAGGAGCUGGACGAUGAGACUCUAGACGACGAUGUAAGAGCGAUUUUAACGUUUCUUUAAUCUGAACUCUGUGUGAACGUUGAUAAAGUUCAGUCUUGGUGUAUUAACCCCUUCAGAACCAACAGUCCUCUCAAAGGUCGACCGCUUUCACCUCAACGUCUAAAUCUUCUCCUUCAUUUUGUAACCAUAGCAACAGACGGAGUGGCAGAGGUACCUGCGUCAGAGUCUGGAGGUGGUUGCCAAGGUGAUGGAGCUGCUCCCAUCCCAUGCAUUUUCCACUCUGGUAAGAGACGGUUGACCUUCUGUUGUUUUUGCAUAUUUUAAUUUAAUUAAAUUCAACUGAAAGAAAAAAACAUCUGAACUCUGAGAGAAAGUUUGAUUUUAUUUUUGAAGUUUGUCUUUUACCACAGAGACAGAAAAAAAGUCCAUUUAUUUAAUUUAAGUGACACUGAAGAGGAAGUCACAUGGUAAUCUGAACUGAUUAUAUCAACUAGACCUUAUUUUGAACCCGUGGGAGUGGGUUUGGGACGUAAGUGGUCCCACUUAGGUGAUGUAAAAGCGUCACCUCUCAGAUUAUUUGUUGUAAUAUACCGUAUUUUUCGCACUAUAAGGCGCACCUGAUUAUAAGGCGCACCAUCGAUGAACGCGUCUAUUUUCAUACAUAAAGUGCACCUGAUUAUAAAGCGCAUUAAGACAAACGAAACAGUCAGAUAAGUCAGACUUUAUUGAACUCAUUCAAUAACUCUGCGAGGUUACGGUAGCUGCAGCGCUCCGACAAGCCAAACGGAUUUGAAGUGCGCCUCGAACAUUUUCAAAGUGAAACCGAAUCUUAUUCUCUGUAUUUUAUUUCUGGAGAUAUUUUGGCCGAUUACCGAUUCGUCUCAAACGGGCUGAAAUUGGCCGAUCAGCUCGCCGAUAAUUCGGUCAGGCCUGAGUUUAGACCGACACAAAACCAGAUAAAACCAGAUAAAAGUGUUAGUUCAGGAAUGUUGUGAUGAUGAUGAAACACAAAUAAAAGUGUUGUUGUUAUUUUGGUGUUUUCAUAUUUGAACUCUGAUGUAUUUGGUAAAUAUUGUUUUCAUAAGUUUUCAUUUCUAUCUUGAUCCAUAAAACGGACCUGGAUCUGGUUCCUGUUUUUGAAGUUGAUCUUGUUAUUUGUUCGUAUGUUGAAAACUAAAAUGAGGGGUUAUAUUUAAGGACUCUCUUUUAUCUCAGCGGUGGGUUUUAUUCUCCUCCUCCUCAGUCAGUCUUGGUUUCUCCUCCUCCUCAGUCUCUCUCUCUCUCUCUCUCUCUCCUCUCUCUCUCCAGUUCCCGGUCCUCCAGGAGAACUUGGACGUCUACAUGGGUCUGCAGCAGUUCAUCGUCACCUCGGGGACGAGUGAGUACACUUCCUCUCUAACCUUUUUUCUGAGGGUGACAGACAGACGUGCUGACUCAGCGUCUCUGUCCCCGCAGGUCGGCGGCUGAACAUCACGGCGGAGAACGACUGCCGCCGGCUUCACUGCUCUCUCAGGGACCUCAGCUCGCUGCUUCAGGCCGUGGGCCGCCUGGCUGAAUAUUUCAUCGGGGAGAUUUUCGCCGCACGUUUCAGCGACGCUCUGGCCGUGGUGGAGAGGUCGGUGAUGAGAUCUUUGUGUCUGUGAAAGCUCAGUCUGCUGCUUCUCUGCUGCUUCUGUCUUUGGUUCGUAUGAAAGUUAACGUGCUCUGUCUGUUUCAGGUUGGUGGAAGUGACGUGUUACGGCUCUCAGACCACCCUCUAUGACCUGGAGACCGCCGUGCCUUCUGUACUCAAACCCGACCUCAUUGAUGUGUGAGUAUGGUGUGAAUGUGGAGGCGUCUGCGUGUUUGAGUCUUCAGUUUCAGUUCCAAAUCGAGGAGACCGAGCUCUUCUGUUUUCUCAGGGUUUUUACUCUCGCUGAUAAAAACCAUGAGAACAGAAAUGAGGGUUUGAUGACAGUGAAGCAAAAGCUGCAGUCUGAUCUGAUCUGAUCUCAGACUGAUUUAUUGAUCAUAACCUCUUAGAUUUUUUCUAAUUAUUGUUCACGAGAGUCUCUAAGAGUAAACGUCACAGCCGAGUCUCCGGCCUCCGUCUCAGGGUGGAGUAAACUGACGAUGAUCAUCCGUCACCGACUCUCUUUCUCCAUCACAGACACGCACAGGCCCUCGCCGCUCUACAGGCCUACUCUCAUUGGCUGGCCCAGUUCUACAGCGAGGUCCACAGUCAGAACCCGAGCCAGUUCAUCAACCUCAUCACUUCUGCGACGGACGCCAGCAGCCCGCUCAUCACCGCCAAGGUCAGCCGCCGCCCUCCUCCGUGUUUAUAAAUGAGGAGGUUCGGUUUCCGUUGAUGAACUCGAUCCUCCUCUUCUGUGUUGAAACUCUAAAGGAGGAAGUAUGAGGUGACAGAUAUAUGAACCAAGACUUCUCACCUCUUAGUUUUUGUUCAUGAGAGCUUCCUGCUGUUUGUCGGUGCACUUUUAUUUUCCCUGUGAGUCAUUAAUUCACUUCUGUAUCUGUUCAUUCAAGGACCGAUAAUAAAACAGACUUUAUUUAAGAUCCUGUGACUUUAGUGUGAACGACUGAGAGGACAUGAACAUGUGAAGAAGACCUCAUCACAAAACAAGUUUAUUCACUUCAGAGGAAAAUGAGGAGAAAUGUCGAAUCAGACUGUCCACAGAAAAUAUAAUAGAGGAUGUUUUAGAAAAGAGAAAGUUUAGUUUCCUUUCCUUUUACUUCCUCUUUCAGUGUUUCUUCUUCUUCUUCUUCUCCUUUUUUUUUCUCAGGUACCUGAAAAGUUGCUCCUCUCAGCGUGUCACCUGACCGUGUCCAUCACCGCCACGGUGCGGCCCGUCUUCCUGGUCACUCUGCCGGCGGUUCAGAACAUUUUCAACCUCAUAACCACCGAGAGUCAGACCCGCAGACUUCCUCAAGAGGUCAAAGUUCAUUUCAUUUAUAUUUGAAGAUAAUGAGACUCAUUCAUCCUGUAACAUUAAAGAACUUAAAGGUGUUGUAGUCAGGAUCUGAGUUAGUUCCAGUUUUUAGGAGAAAUCUUGAAUGUUAACUCGACCCCUCCAACCAGUUUUCCCCUCAGCUCCUCCUCUCCCCUCAAGCCCCGCCCACAAACAGACGCUCCUGCUCGCUCAACUCAACUCAACUCAACUUUAUUUGUUAAGCACUUUAAAACAACCACAGCUGUACAAAGUGCUGUACAUAACUAGCCAAAACAACAAGAUAAAAAACAAUCAAAAAACAAUUAAAACAAUGGAUAAAAUAAAAGCAGAAUUAAAAGUAUUGUUUCAAUGCUUUUAAAAACUAAUUUAAAAACAUAGAAACAAAUAACUAAAAAAAAAAAAAAAACAAACAAACCAUAAAACACUAGAACAGGAGCCGAGUCUCAUGGAGGGUUAAAAGCCAAUGAAUAAAAAUGCUCGUAUCGUUCCAAUUAAAUUCAGAUCUAAUGCAGAUAAAUACUUCAGAUCAUUACAAAUGGGGCCCAGUCAAGGUGAAAGUCAAAAGCAUUGGUGCUACUGUAGAUGCCAACAGACUACCAGCAAACACAAUGUUUGCAGGACUUCUACAACGAGGAUAAAGUGACAUAGUCCAGGACCCGAGGGAGGACAGUUUAGCGAUGGCGCUACAACACGCUACAGCAGGUCCGUUUGACAAGAAACACUUCUGUUACAGACACUUGUCUUACUUUGUUAAAGCGGUUUACCUGUCCAGCAGAAAGGUUACAGGGUCACCAAGAUCCCCAAGCGUCCCCCAUGGUUUAUGUUGACCCGGCUUUUUAGCUCUUGUCCGGUCUACCUCCGUUUUAAGCGCCCGUUAUUCCUCCAGAGUCUCCGGUAUUUACUUUGUUUUCUUGCUUGUGUCGGCAGUCGUGGCCAAAGGAGGAUUCAGACAAUUUUCCGAACUUUCUGGUUGGUUUCUACUGUCCGAUAUUGUAGCACGCUAACUUUGUUUGGGCUCCUGAACGACACGGGGGAGCAGCGUCUGCCUCACAACCAAUCAGGUUAGAGGAGGUGGAGAACGGCUUUGUUUACAGUCAGAAAGAGCGGACCGCUCAAAA